AUGACAUGGUUUACACGGCUAUUUCUGCUGUAUACCUUGGGCGGAUGGGCAGCCGUCGGAGCUUCAGGCCUAAACGAGCAGCAAGAUGCUGAAUCAUAUUUAAAGCUUCGUACUUUCGAAGGUCCCACCGGCAUUCCAGCGGAUCUCGUCGGCGAUGGCGGCAGCGCCGCUGGCGUCAAUGCAGGCGCUGAUGGCCCCGGCCCCGGUCCCGGCAUUGUGACGGCUGUCGACGCCGCCGCCGCCGCCACGAAAUGGAUGUCAGUUCUGACGACCGAGGCGGGCCUAUCAGGUGAUCCGGCGUCACAGAACUUUCCGUACAGCGACGGUGACGGCGACGACGAUUACGUGCUCGCCGGAGGCCGUGCCGCUGCCAUGGCAGUGUUGUACAACAGCGUUGUACCCGCUGCCGAGGCCAACCCCGUUGGCGGCGACGACUGGCGUGGCGCUAAGGAGAAAGUACCUGCCGCUGCUGCUGCUGCUGCUGCUGCUGCUGCCCGCGCUUCGAUCGGCAGCGUUAGAGCGACUGACGUCGGUGUCGGAGGAGGCGCUUCAACGGGUGCCGUCACCACCGCCGUCACCGCGACAGUCGCCGCUAGGCGGGCAGACGACGAUAUGCAGAGCAGCACCACAGCGGUCGAACCCGCUGCAGAUAAGCUUGAAGAGGACAACAGUCUGUACGAACAUGACGAACAUGGCGAACCGUACGAACCGUACUAUAAGGACGACGCUGGCCGGUUUGAUGUGGUACUCACCGCUGGCAAAACCAGCCCGUGGUUCAACAUCCCGAAAGUGAACAACAACAACGGCGGCGGCGGCGGCGGCGGCGGCGGUAGUUUUGGACUCGUUAAGGCCAACAGCAUCGUCGACAGGAUGAACGAGAACGGCGAGGGGAUUGUCAGUAGCCGCGGCGGCGGCGGCGGCGGCGGCAGCGCUGGGAUUGACUCCCGGGUUUCCGUUGGAGCAGCAGCUGGGGGAGACGAGCCUUCCACCGGCUUCGAUCCAUACCUGUACGACGGUCAUAGUGAUACCUUGCGACAGUACGGCGAGGAUCUGUACGGCGGUGCCGACGCAACGGGUAGAGUUGGCAACAAGGACGAUGUCAACCUAGAGACUGGGAUGGCAGCGUCGGCGGCAGCGGCUUCGGACGACUAUGCGGAUAAGACCGCCGCUUUGGAGUUGUGGCAGGCGCUGUACGACAUGUUUGGCGAGGACGACAUCACGUUUGGGCCGCAACAAGAGGCGAUGUACAUCAAACUGUACGAACAAGAUCCAUCAAUGUUCUGGGCCGUACACAACGAGGUGGUAGAGCGGCGCCGCCGACGGGACAUCGGCGCUGUUGAUUAUGCGCAGCUCGAGUACAAAUACGAGGACGAAGCGCGAAAGGGCAGCGGCAGUACCGACGCCGUCGCGAAUAGCGGCACGUUUGGCAGCGGCGGCAACGUAGUGCGGGCCGCGGCGGACGAGUUGCGGAAGAACUCCAACGCCGUGUUGCGGAGCUCGUCGUCGCCCCCGCCAGUGUCCCAAGACAAUUCCUGGUGGGAACGUGGGGACAAUUACUGGUCUAGUGCAUAUGACUGGAACGACGGCGGAAUGUACUAUGACUACUCCAGCGCCGUCAUCGCCAACGCGGACGUUGGUGGCGGCGCCGACGCUGCCACGGCGGAUUCAAGCGGCCAUGGCGGUACGGAAGAUGCUGGCAAAAGCGCAGAAUUGCGGGGUACGACGGAGCUCAUUGGCGGGCGGGAGGGCCCGACGGCUGACAUUCAAUUCGAGGAAGACCCUUACGAUGACGAGUACGGCUUGCCAACCGAUGUCGUGCAUGCUGUACGAGAGGUUUCGGAUCCGUCCGCAGGCGAGCUUGCAGUGGCGGCGUCGCGCAUCGCAUUUCUGGAGGCCCUGUUCCACUGGCGGGCCGGAGCUGAUAGUGGCGACAUCGUCGCUGGAUCAAGUCACGCAGGCGGUCCAUCGGGCGAUGAGCUGGCCGCCGCCGCCGCUGCCGCUGCCGCUGCCGCUGCAAGCCGGGCUGAGCUGUUGGCGCGAGCAGCCGCGGCGUUGCAUCGCAGCGCGCUUUGGAACGUGCAGGGAGCCGCAGCAGCCGCUGCCGACACGACCGCUGCCAGCCCGCUUGUCCUCGCCACCGCCGCCGCCGCCGCCGCCGCCAUCGAUAACGCCAAACCGAUGAGCAGCCCGUGCGUUGAGCCAUCCGUGUCGUGGAGUGUCGCACUUUACGUCGCUGCCGGCGUUGCCGCCGGUACCGCCCUCCUCGUCGUCCUUACCGCAGUUGUUGCGGCAGUGUCAGGUCUCCGCCGGCGCGUCCGUACCAAACGAAGGGGCAGCCGCGGCGUGGCGGCCGCGGCGGCGGCCAUGGUCUCCGAAAGCGAUGGAAGCCAGUAUCUUCCCUUUCAAGACGGCAAAUAUGCAGGAGCCCGGCUUUUCGGAAUUUGGCUUUCUAGUCUGCAAAGAGUCGCCGGUUCGGUUCGCGGCGACGGCCAAGGCUGCAACAGUGAUCGCUGUGGCGGCAGCGGCGUCGUCGGUGGCGGGGAGUGUCGCACGCGGGACUUAGAGAAGGGCCGCCCAAGCACGGACAUCCAUCGUCGGGGCAGCCGCGACGGUCUUGACGGCGGCGACGGCAGCAGCGGCGAGCUUCACAUUCCGCUCUUGCACACCGAGCACUGUGACAACUCCGUCAGCCCCACGUCAUCACUGCACGACAGUCCCCGCUCCUGGACUUCUCCGUCCGACGGCGACUCGCGAUCUCUGGAGCGCCGGAUCGACGGCAGCAGCGGACACGGUGUGUGCGGCAACGCCUUUUGCGGCCACGCUGAUGCCGUACAUGUUGGCUGCUACGGCGGCGGCGGCAAUGCUCGUGACGCCGUACGGCAUCUGUUUACCUCCACACCCGUCAGCACUCCUCCUGACACACCACGUCGAUACCGCUGCUUUAACAUGGACGAGCAAGAUCUGCCGUACGGCCAUCCCACCCUUGUCUCUGCCGCGUCCUACGGAACUGGUACCCGAGGAGCCAUGUCGUUGUCGUACAAUACUACGGUUGUGCCCAUCGCUGCGUUUCCCUUGCGGCAAUCGGCUGGCGCGAGUAACGGUAACGGAAACGGUAACAGUGGUGGUGACGGUGGCGGCGGAGGAGCCUUCAGCCUCCAACAUGCAGGCCCCUUUUCGUUUCGGUGUUGUUUCAAUAACUAA